CACAACGUUUUCUCUCUCUGUUUUCUCGUUCCCAAUCAUUUCUCUGUAAUCAAUUCUCUCUUUUCUGCAUCAAAGCCAAGAAAACACUCUGAUUCUUCAGCUUCAUGUUGGAAUCCAAAUACAUAAUAAUCCACCACAACAAGAACCCAGAUUUUUAGCUUCAAACCAUUUCCUUGUCCAAACAAGCAAAAGCUUUGACUUUGUUUGUUUUCCUUUAAUAUUUUGUUGACCCAGUUUUUAGGAGCAUACCGGCGUGUCAUUUUCAUAGUUGAUUUCCAACAAGAAACCCAGAAAGUUGAGUGAUGAAGACAUGAAGUUUGUUGCUUUAUCAACUUGGUAUCUGAAACGAAGUAAAGAUUGUUGCUUUUGAUGGUGGAAUUGGAUUUUGGGUUUCCUAAUCAUCGUUUAAAGGAGGUCCAGAAAGCUAGGAGUCUUCUAAUUGUCUCAGAUCUUUGUUGUUAAUAGAAAUGGAAACCACACCAGUUUCACCAAGUAUUGUAGCAAAGUUAAUGGGUCUUGAUGAAUUGCCACAACAGCAGCCUGUCCAGAAAAGAAGAGUACUAUCUGAGAAUUACUUCCGCAGAGUUGCUUCUAUAGGCGUCAGAGAGAAAUGGCAUUCAUUGAGAUUGGUAGUGGAACAUCAAGAUUAUAAGGAUGUCUUUGAAGUUGUAAGUCCACUAAAAGCGGAUACUGACUUCAACCUGUCAGUUCAUAAGGGAACAGGAUUGUCAGAAUCGAAGACAGAUGUCUCAAAGCAGGAGGAAUUUCAAGUUUCAUCAGAAAAGUAUGAAUGUCUACAAGGCGAAGAUGGUCUUAAUAGCUUACACAAAUUUUCGAGGUUUCCAUUGAAGUCAAAAGGAAAAGGAUGCUCCACCAGUAGCAGAGUUGUUUUGACACCAAAUUAUGGAAAGGGCGGCAACAGUUCUGCAAGGUCUUUCCCUCCAAUGAGUUCAUUAGAAGCUUAUCAGUCAGUUGAUGAGAAGUGCGCUGGGUUUUCUAGUCCUAGGAACAGGAAGAUACACGUUAAACGAAUAGAACCUAUUGGAAAUGUAUCAAGGCCAAGGUCCAGAGGUGGCAACUCCAUUGCAAUGGCAUCUGAACUCGUGGGGUCUCAUUCCUUGAAUUUCUCUGAUCCGAGGAACCAAUACCAGUCUUUGUCUUUUUCAGAUAAAUCAUAUGUAGUCAGGGAAGCCAAGGACCAACUCUCGGAACAAUGGAAGAUGACGGAAAAGCUUAAUGAGUACGGAAGGGCUGAUAGAGGCAUCACCAUUCGGGAUUUGCUUGCCGUGCCUGUCCAGGAAAUAGGGCUAAGAAAUUUAAAUUACAAAUUCGGUGUGCAUUUUCAACCAAAAAAAAAGACUGUUAGGCAUGAUAUGAAGGAUCUGAACCUCAGUAAGUUUAAAGAACAUCAUGAUAGAUAUGAAGCUCUCUGUAGAGAGUGGCCUUUCAUUCCUAAAAGGUCGGUCAAUUGGGCGAAGAGUUGGUCAUGUGAGUACCAAUUUAACCAUAAGGAUGGUUCAAGACCUGUAAAGUUGAGAACCAACAAUAAGAAAUUUCAUUCUAUUCCUACCCUGGAAUCAGAAGGUAAUUUUACGGUAGAAAAUACUUGUGUGGUUCACAAUGAUCUGAAGAAUACAACUGUGGAGAAAGACAGUAACGCCAAAUAUAUCUCAGUCCAGAAGGACGUGUCCAAGGGAAUAGAGGUAGAAAGCACUUUCCCUUUGCACUGCUUCACCUCGUCAGAUUGUUUGUCGAGCUUGGAGGAAGUUUACCAGCCUAGCCCAGUUUCAGUUCUGGAACCACUAUUUAGAAGAGAGAAUCCACCUUCACCAGAAUGCUUGGCAAGGAUCAAUGUUGACACCAGUGACUACUCCGACACAUGCUCAGAAGGUUCUGGAAUGAUUGUAUCAAGCGAAGAUGAUACUAACGAGCGAUCUGUGAGCGACACCAAGGAAAACAGUUCUGUGGGAUUGUUCAAAGUUGAAGAAAGAAGAGACUUUUCCUACCUCAUUGAUGUGUUAGUGGAGGCAGGUUUCUAUAGUCGGGCGGUAGAAAUGGACUGUGAUACCUGGUGUUUUGAAGAAUGCCCGAUGAGCCUUUAUGUCUUUGAGAGCCUGGAGAAGAAGUUUGGUCAACAGAUGUCCUGGAAUAGGUCCGAGCGGAGGCAUUUGUUUGAUCGUAUAAAUGAUGGGCUAAUAGAGAUUCUCCAGCCAUCUAUGGGUGAACUCAUAUGGAAAAAUCCUGUUUCUAGAAGAAUUAGGACCCAGUCUGGUCAGGAGAUGAUAGAGGAAGAUCUGUGGAUGUUGCUUGUAAUCCAAGAGAAGGAAGGAAUGGAAGCAAGAAAGAACAUGGAAGAGAAACUGCUGGGGAGUGGACUUGGAAAGUUAGAUUUAGGUGAUGAAAUUGAUUUUAUUGGUAGAGAAGUAGAGAGGUGGUUGAUUGAUGAGCUUUUAGAAGAGUUCGUCAGCAACUUAGCACUGAGAGUUUGAAAUAGCAGUUAAUUUCUGUUUUCUUUUCCGGUACUUUUUUUAAGAGAGUUACAGAAAUGAUAUUUGUGUAGAUG